UUUGUCGAUGACUAAGAGAUUCGCGUGGAUUUCUCUUGUAGGAAAGAGGCAAAGGCAAAAAGUAGGCCACAUAGGUGGCGUGUUUAUCCUGUUAACGCUUGCAAUUGCGAGGGAACCAACACUCUCCACCUCCGCACAAUUUGAUAACGCAAUUCAACUCAAAAAGUGAGAAAGAACCAAACUAAAACAAUUUUCAACUAUAAAUAGUUCAUAAUUCAUUCAGUUGAGUCUUUUUGCCUUUUUCAGAAAUUAUUAUUAUUAUUAUUGUUAUUAUUAGUUUUAGAAUCAUAGAGUUAUGGCUUCUUCAUUAUCCAACUUAAAAACACCACUUCACUUUCAUUCCUUCAAAAACCCUUUCUAUUCUCGAUUCAUUCCGUCCCUUUCUCACUCCUUCAACAACCCUAAGCCGUUUCAUUCUGCUUCCUCUUCUCUCAAAGUUGCUGCUUCUUCUUCCGAUUCUGCUGAUAAUUUGCUCCAGAAGCCGGUUAUUUCUCAAGGGAAAGGAAUUGGUGAGGAACAUUGCUACGAACAAGAGCAAGAUGAUACUACUGAAGAAGAAGAUAAGUGGUUUGAUUGGGAAGAUCAAAUUUUACAAGAUACCGUUCCUUUGGUUGGCUUUGUUAGAAUGAUUCUUCAUUCUGGACUAUAUGAAAGUGGAGAUAGAAUAACUUCAGAGCAUGAAAAAACUAUUAUUGAGAAGCUGAUUCCAUUCCAUCCAGAAUCUGACAAAAAGAUUGGCUGUGGAAUAGAUUAUAUUACGAUUGGAUAUCAUCCUGAUUUUGAUCGCUCUAGGUGUAUGUUCAUAGUGCGAAAAGAUGGAGAGAUGGUUGAUUUUUCAUAUUGGAAAUGCAUAAAGGGUUUGAUCAGAAAGAACUAUCCAUUAUAUGCAGACAGUUUCAUUAUCAGGCACUUCAGAAAUCGGAGUCGUAGCUUCUCAAGUUAAUAUCUUCUGAAUGUUGUACAAUUAAAUGUUCCAUUUUUCGUGUUCUCUGAUUGCUGAUAGCUAGCAUACUAUUUUAAUAGUAUGGAAAUAAAAACUACAGAAAUUUAUGGAGUUCGCUGAUAAUCGCCAUCUGGAUAUUGAAUCCAUUUUAUUAUGUUUGCAGUGAUUUAAAAUUAUGGGAACAUAGCUUUUGUAUAUACACCUUGAUGACAAUGUUCCUUUCAGUUAAUUUAAAGAAAUUGAAGUUUAGUUUAUUUUUAAUCCAUUGCUGUUAUGUUGUAUAGGAAGAGAUGUUAUCCUAUUUCAAUUCCAAAGAGUUCCAUACACUUGAAUGAUGAUUUGUGUAUUCUUAUUCAUUUAGACAAGUUAUAUUUUAUAAUGGAUAAUUGCAUGUAGGGAGCAUUAAAUAUGUUCAUUUUUUCAGAUCUCAACGGUUGAAUUAAUAAAUAUUAUGGUAGAGAAUGGACUACUAUAAUUGACAGUUUCUGUCUCUCCCUUCUAUGUGAGACACCUGUAUUAUCUUGGUCUUUGUUGGUAGAAAAAUGGGCAGGUGUCCUAAUAAGUUUGGACUGUUCCAUAGUUGGUUGGUGGCUCAGUGACCACAUGGCUUGAAACAGAAAACAUUUCUUUCCUUUAAUAACAUUUAAUUUGAUUUUAUUAUGGGGAGAUCGAAUCAUCCCUUGCCACUUUAGGCACUUCUACUACCACAAAUAGAUAAAGAUGGAUGAUUGGUAA